CACAGCAGCAAACCAAGAGAAUUCACAUGGCAAAUCACACGUCCCAUGUCGCAAGCUCCAAUUCCUCCGGUCGUUCAAUCCGUACCAUGUCUUCCAAUUGCUCGCCCUCCUCUCCGUCUCGGAUUCCUUGUUCCGUUCCUCCGCCGCCGCGGCCGUCACCGUCCACAUCGCCGGCGCCAAUGUUCCAUGUCUCCUCGCUGUUGCCGCCGUCGCAUACCACAAGACGACUGUCGACGCCGACCUCGCACGGUGGCAGCCAUAAAUCGCCUCCUCCUCCCGAGCACGGAUUGGGGGGUCUCACCUUGACGUCGCAGAUCGUCGCCGCCGCAGUCGCGGCGCUGCUCCUCAUCGUCCUCGCCGCCGCCUGCGCCUGCUGCUCCAGGAGCAAGAAGAGGAGGAAGGCCACGCAACAGCCUCACGGCGGCAUGAUGUUCUACGCCGACUCCUCCGGGUUCAAAGGGAACAGCUCGGCGUACUACUACACCAGCGGAGCGAGGCCGCAAUGGCAGAACCAGGUGGGCCCGUCGUCGUCGAUCAAGUGGCACGCCCCGCCGCCUCCGCCGGACGUGAACUCGACCGGCCCGCACGGCGGGUUACCGCCACCCGUGCCGCCGCCGCCCCUGCCGAUGCCCGCUGGCAUCGACACGACCGCGUUCAGCUACGAGGAGCUGGCGGCGGCGACGGGCGACUUCUCGGAGGCGAACCUGCUGGGGCAGGGCGGGUUCGGGUACGUGCACCGCGGCGUGCUCCCGGGCGGGAAGGAGGUGGCGGUGAAGCAGCUCAAGGCCGGGAGCGGGCAGGGCGAGCGCGAGUUCCAGGCGGAGGUGGACACCAUCAGCCGCGUGCACCAUCGCCACCUCGUCUCCCUCGUCGGCUACUGCAUCGCCGGCGCGCGGCGGCUGCUCGUCUACGAGUUCGUGCCCAACCAGACCCUCGAGCACCACCUCCACGGGAAAGGGGUGCCGGUGAUGGAGUGGACGACGCGGCUGCGCAUCGCGGUCGGCGCCGCCAAGGGGCUAGCCUACCUGCACGAGGACUGCAAUCCUCGGAUCAUCCACCGUGACAUCAAGUCGGCCAACAUUCUCCUGGACAACAACUUCGAGGCAAUGGUUGCGGAUUUUGGGCUGGCCAAGCUGACGAACGUGAACCACACGCACGUGUCAACCCGUGUCAUGGGCACAUUCGGGUACCUGGCCCCAGAGUACGCGUCCAGCGGGAAGCUGACGGAGAAGUCGGACGUCUUCUCCUACGGCGUCAUGCUGCUCGAGCUGCUCACCGGCCGCCGCCCCGGCGACCGCUCCUCCUACGGUGAGGACGGCCUCGUCGACUGGGCGAGGAUGGCUCUGUCGCGCGCCCUGGCCAACGGCAACUACGACGACCUCGUCGACCCAAGGCUGGGCGGCGACUAUGACCAGACGGAGGCGGCGCGCGUCGUCGCCAGUGCUGCCGCCUGCGUCCGCCACGCCGCCCGCCGGCGCCCCAAGAUGAGCCAGAUCGUGAAGGCGCUGCAGGGAGACAUGCCGCUGGAGGAGCUCAACGACGGUGUACGGCCGGGGCACAGCUCUAUGUUCAGCUCGAGCUCCGGGUCGGGGCCGGAGUAUGGGUCCGGGUCGUACACAGCGCAGAUGGAGCGGAUCCGGAGGGCUGCGCUGCCCAGCCCGGAGUACAGCGCCGAGUAUCCCGGCUCCAUCCCAGAGUUUGGCCACCCGUCGCCUGCUAGCAGCGCCGACUCUGGCGAGCAGGAUGACCGGCGCCGUCGUCAUGGAGGUCGCCGGUGA